AUGGAGGACACUGAGAAUGCUGUGUCAGUAUUGGUAAGAGAUAGAAACAUAGGUAGUAGAAAACGACAAAGUAAGGAAAGCAGAAGUUCUUUGAGGAAAAAGAAGCAAUGGAAAAGGAGGGCAAGUUUUCAGAGAUAUGACUGCAGGAAAGAGCUAAACGUGGAGGAAAAGGAAACUACGCCUGCAACAGAAGAGGUGGAAACAAAUGUAAAAGAAGUUUUAUCAGCUGAAACACACACCAAGAUGGAGAUGAAUGAUCAAUUUGUCAUGUUGUUGGAUUACAUGCAAGGGGUGAAGCAAGAACAAAGAAAUAUGAAUGAAGAACUGAAAGAAGAGCAAAAAAGAAUGGGAACAAAAAUAGAAGAAAAAGUAGAAGAACAAGAUAGAAAAAUGGAUCAAAAAUUCAUAAAAUUGACCAAUAAAUUGGAAGAACAAGCACAAGAAGUAGAGGAAAUAAAAAAAAAUCAAAACAAAAUGAAGACGAUAAUAAUGUAA